AUGGAGCGGUCUGAAGUUCUAAACAUCGUGGAUACGGCGAUUGCCAGGAACAACGACAGUCUUGUCGAUUCGAUGAAACGCAUUUUAAAUGAGUCUUUAUCCGAUAUCAAGAGAGCCAUUUCCGAGUCUGCUGACUUUCAUCUCAGGGAAAUAAAGAAGCUGAAGUUUGAGGAGCCGCGGCGCUUUAAAAAGAAGGCGAACGAGGACCAGUACGGAUUUAAUUCGAAGCUGAGCGAUGUGUUAACCGAGACCAAGUCGUCGUGCUCGUCUCAGCACCUUGACAAGAUCAAAGAAUCACUAGAUAAAGAUUCCAGUUCAGCAGUGAGACCUAUUCCAACGUUAGAUGGGCAGUUGAGGAGUCAUAUCAAGCCAGGUUCUUGCUUCGCAUGCAACAAGCCAGGUCACUGGAGGGCGCAGUGUCCGUUGCUAACUUCCAAGCCACGUGCAGGACAAUGACUAGCCGGCCGCGAGGAAGGGCAAGACCAAGGUGUAGUUGUUUCUAAUGUUGUCGCAAAUUCUUUAAGUAACAUUUUUGAGAACGAUGUUCUCGAUUCAGAUCAAUCUUCGUCUGUUGCAACUUUAUAG